AUGACAUCUUCACCUCCUCAGAGCAACGGAUUUGGCCAGUUGAAAAGGCUAGAUGUUCUCAUCGUUGGUCCUGGUUUCGGCGGAUGCUACAGCCUCUAUAAACUUCGUAAGCUUGGGCUCAAUGUCCAUGUGCACGAGGCAGGCUCAGCAUUGGGGGGUGUCUGGUAUUGGAACACCUACCCCGGAGCCCGCGUCGACUCGGAAAUGCCGUUUUACCAGUUCUUCAUUCCUAAGGUUUGGCGCAAGUGGAACUGGUCUGAGAGGUUCCCAAGCGGAGAAGAGCCGAGGGCCUACUUCAAACACGUCGAUAAGACACUGGAUCUAUCUAAAGAUGUCACCUACAAAGCUGUUGUCAGUCAUGCAAGCUACAGCGAGGCCUUUGGGGAAUGGACGGUGAGGACUGAGAAUGGCCACAAGGCCGUUUGCAAGUAUCUCUUCUGUGCUACUGGCAGUUGUUUCAAGCCGCAUUAUCCCAAUUUCCGAAACCUAAACGACUACAAAGGACAACUCAUUCAUUCAACCCGGUGGCCAGCUGAUGCCAAAGUCGUAGGCAAACGAGUGGCCAUCAUUGGCUCAGGCGCAACGGCUGUGCAGUGCACUCAAGAGAUCUCAAAGGUAGCAGAGCAUCUAACAGUCUACAUUCGCACCGCCAGUAUCUCACUUCCCAUGGUUCAGCGUCCUUUGAGUGACCUCGAGCAGUCAAUAGGCAAAUCCACCUAUCGGAGGAUGUUUGAACAUUGCCGGAAUAGCCAUUCGGGUCUCGGAUACGAUAUACAGUCCGGGUCCGUGCUUGAAUUGAGUGAUGAGGAACGGGAAGAAAUUUGGGAAGAGCUUUGGAAUCGUGGUUUUUUCAACUUCAAUCAGGCGAACUACCGAGACUUUCUCGUUGACGAGAAGCCCAACAGACUCAUGUACGACUUCUGGGCAAAGAAGACCCGCCCGAGAGUCAAGAAUCCUGUCAAGGCCGCAUUCCUUGAGUGUCUCGAUAGAGACACUGUAAGCAUCGUUGACCUCAAAGCUACUCCGAUACGAGAGUUUACAGAGAGGGGAAUUACAGGCGAAGACGGAUCCGAGCUCGAAUUCGACACUAUUGUAAUGGCGACAGGCUUUGACGCCAUGACAGGGAGUCUCACCAAGAUCAAUAUUCAAGGAAGAGAUGGCAUCACCUUUUCAGACCGGUGGAAAGACGGCGUCUUCACUCGUCUUGGACUUUGCUCCAAUGGAUGCCCUAACCUGUUCAUGGUCUACGGGCCUCAGGCACCCACGGCGUUUAGCAAUGGACCUCCGUUCAUUGAGAGUCAGGUUGACAUGAUUGUGGAACUUCUUCAGAAGCUCCAGAAAAAGGUUGUCAAGUCCAUUGAAGCACAGCGGGAUGCCGAGGAGAAGUGGAAGCAGGCAAUCCAGGCUGCCAAUGGCAAGACCUUAAUGCCCUUGACCGACUCGUGGUAUAACGGAGCCAACAUCCCAGGCAAGAAGAGAGAGCAAUUGAUGUACCUAGGUGGGGUUAGGAAAUAUCAAGAGGGAUGCUGA